GGUGAAAUAGGUUUAGAGAAUCAUUUAAUAUCGAGUAUAUAGUUUCGCUCUAACUUUUGUACUUUACAAUAAUUGAUAUCUUAAAAUUAAAUAACACAGAUGUUUAUGUAAUAUAUAAAACUGAAUGCUUAUUUACUAAUCUAUAUCUAUAUUUGGUAUUGUGACAUUAUUUUUUUUAAUUAUUUUCACAGUAUUUUUUUAUUAUAGCAUCUUUUUAACCGUCUUAGAUUUUAGCAACAUACAAGAAAAUGUUGUUUAUUUUCUAAAGGUAAUUUCUGUCGCUCUUUUACCCUUACCAUACGACUACCUUAUUAUAUACGAGAAUAACUUAUAUAUGACACAGUAAAAGUUGAACAAUGGAGCCUCGACUAUAUAAAAAAUAUUUAAUUUUUUUAUUGUAAUAUAUUCGAUAAUAAACUUUUGAAACUGCUCCUGUAUCUCUUACGAAGGAACAGACAUGACCGAAAUACAAAAUCGUACUUUACAAUAGGAUCACACUUUUUUAUAUAAAAAUUCAUCAGAAUACUAUUAUUAUGUAUAUAAUAGAUCAUAGUGUAUUCUAAAUGAAUUGUUUAUUAAUAUCAUCCUAUAACACUCGCUCGUAUAACCUAUUAAUAAAGGUCAAUUUGUUUAAUUAUUAAAUUUUAAAAGUAAUUGGUGUUCAAUUAUUUAUUGUCAUAAAAAAUACUAACUACAUUAGAAAGAUAAAUUAAUUCAGUAGACAAAUAUUUAAAAAAAAUGUAGUUUCCGUAUGGUAUCAUAUAAAAUGUGUAACAUAUAUGUUACACAUUUUAUAUGGUACAAGUUACGCCCGAAGACGUAGUACCUUAGUUUACUUAGGUUUUGGGAGGAAACCGAAUAUUUUUUUUAUUUAUAAAUAAUGUAAAUCUUCACUUUGAAUCAACUUUGAUUGUAUUAUAUGUGAGAUUUCAUAUUUUUGACUAAAUUAAAAGAGAACAUUUUUUUUUUAUUAUCAUUCGGUUUUUUCCCAACCCACUAGGUGAACCUGGGCUUACUACUUCUUGGGACAUACCCAUAACUAUGUAAUAUUGAUAACGGUUUACAGUGGCGAACAAGCAAAGAAACAGGCACAAGAGCGUAUGGAGGCACAAGCUGCGCAACAAGCUGCCAUGUCGGCCAUUGAAGCUGAAAGCAAAAAAGCAGUGCAAGGGCCAUCUCCAUCGGCUCUGUCACAGGUUGACCUGUCCCAGUACACACGCCGCGCGGUCUCUUUCCUCGCUCGCAACUUUUACAACUUGAAGUACGUCGCUCUGGUGCUUGCCUUCUGUAUCAACUUCGUGCUAUUGUUCUAUAAGGUAAGCUUAAAAUAUAAAAUCUAGUACAAUAAUUGCAAUCUAGUCAUGAUAUAGAGUUAGCCCAUUCAUUCUGAAACAAUUAUAUUGUUACAUGCGUGGUAAGUAAAACUGCCUAAUAGGAUGAGAAAUGUAUUUAUUACUUUACACACAGUAGGUUCACAAUAACAUCGUCCAAAAUCGCUAAACUUCUUCUCAGAUAUCCUAAAUACUCGCAGGAGUCGUAGGUCGUUAUCUUUAUAAUGGCUUUCUAGAGUUGAAUCCACUAUCGCGUUCCCGAAAUAAUUAUUUAAUUCGAUCUCUGACCCAUGCUUUUAUACCCAAAAAGAUAAGAGUAGAAAAUUCUAGAUGAAACCGGUUCAUUACAAACAUUCCUCAUUUUCGAUGCGAAAAUUAAUGAUGAGAAUAAUCACUGUAAACAAAAUAAUGGAAAUAAAAUAUGCUUUAUGACUUUCUACAUAAGAUUGACCCUUGUUUGUACUAUUAGUACGAAGCGUCAAUGAAGAGAAAAAAGUAUUAGUUUGAGCAUUCUUACGCUCAUAUGACAGGAGAGAUUGAUCCUUAUUGUCUAGUAUGCAGGAGUGUUAUCAAGCCUGGGCUGCGGCUUCGGUGACUCGGGAUGUAAACACCAGCACACUCAAAAAGAAGUAUAACUUUGCCUCCAGGUCCUUCAAAAGAGUUAUUGCCAAGGCAAAGUCAGAGCACAUAGGCAGAAUUGGCGAGAAACUAGUUCGCCUUCCUUCGGGAACCCGUGCAUUCUGGUCUCUCGCCAAGGCUGUCCAAGGGAAUUUCUGUAAGCCAUCACUACCAUCUCUGCACAGGGAGGACGACUCACUGGCCCACGACGCAAAAGAGAAGGCCGACCUUUUAGGGUCCCUUUUUGCGUCCAACUCGACUGUUGAUGACGGGGGGAACACACCGUCGACCAUCCCGCGGUGUGAGUGCUCCAUGCCGGAUGUGCGAUUCUCACAGCGCUCGGUUCGCAGAGCACUCCUCUCCCUUGACAUCCACAAGUCGAGUGGGCCUGACGGAAUCCCCCCAAUUGUGCUGAGGACGUGUGCUCCGGAGUUGGCACCGGUUCUAACGCGUCUUUUCCGGUACUCCUACUCCCUAGGCGUAGUCCCGAAAUCAUGGAAGACAGCUUUUGUCCACCCGAUCCCUAAAAAAGGCGACCGCUCAGAUCCGUCCAACUACAGGCCUAUCGCCAUCACCCCCUUGUUCUCCAAAAUAAUGGAAUCCGUUGUAAACUGCCACCUCAUGCGGUACCUUGAGGAUCACCAGCUGAUUAGUGACCGCCAGUACGGUUUUCGUCGGGGUCGAUCAGCUGGUGAUCUUCUGGUCUACUUAACUCAUAGAUGGGCGUUGGCAGUAGAGUCCAAGUGGGAGGCAUUGGCCGUUAGUUUGGACAUUGCGAAGGCCUUCGAUCGGGUUUGGCACAAAGCGCUUCUUUCGAAGCUCCCUUCCUAUGGGCUUCCCGAGAAAUUAUGCAAUUGGAUCACCAGCUUUCUUGCAGAUCGGAGCAUCAAGGUCGUUGUAGACGGUGCAUGCUCCGACUACAAGCCUAUUAACGCUGGUGUUCCACAAGGCUGCGUGCUAUCACCAACGCUGUUUCUUCUGCAUAUCAAUGAUAUGUUGCAAGCUGGUAGCAUUCAUUGCUAUGCAGAUGACAGCACUGGUGAUGCUCUAUACACCGGCCGUGCCAAUAUUUGUCGGGAAAACGUCACCGAGUACCAGAACAAACUUGUGUCUGAAGUCGAGUCUUUGCUGGACAAAGUCUCGGAUUGGGAGCGACUAAAUCUAGUCCAGUUUAAUCCUCAGAAGACACAAGUUUGCGCGUUUACCGCUAAAAAGAACCCCUUUGUCGUAUCUCCUCAGUUUCAAGGUACUCCCCUUGUUGCCUCAGCCAGUAUCGGAAUCCUCGGCGUCGACAUAUCGAGUAGCGUGCAGUUUCGUGGUCACUUGGAAGAGAAGGCCAAAUUGGCCUCUAAAAAGCUUGGCGUGCUCAGCAGAGCGGGACAGUAUUUCAUGCCGGCUCAACGCCUGCAACUUUACAAGGCGCAGGUUCGGCCUCACGUGGAAUACUGUUCCCAUCUCUGGGCUGGGGCUCCCCAGUGCCAACUUCUUCCACUUGACCGCAUCCAGCGCAGAGCGGCUCGAAUCGUCGACGACCGAGUCCUUUCCGAUCGGCUCGACUCAUUGGCACUGCGAAGAGAUGUUGCAUCUCUUAGCAUUUUCUUUCGCAUUUACCAUGGGGAGUGCUCUGAGGAAUUGUUCGGAUUAAUCCCAGCCGCCAAAUUUCACGAACGCACAUCGCGGCAGAACUCCCGAUACCAUCCACACCAUCUGGAUGAUUGGCGGUCCACCACUGUGCGAUUUAGAAGAUGUUUUCUUCCUCGCACAACUUCCUUGUGGAAUAAUUUACCACCAGCGAUUUUUCCGGACCGAUACGACUUAGGGACCUUCAAGAAAAGAGCCUACUCCUUUUUAAAAGGCCGGCAACGCAUCUGCAAUUCCCCUGGUGUUGCGGUUGUUCAUGGGCGGCGGUAGUCACUUACCAUCAGGUGAGCCGCAUGCUCGUUUGCCCCCUCCUAU